AUGGCAACUUCACUGAUUGGGAAAAUAGAUAUAUUCGAUGACUCUAGAGAAAAAUGGGAAUCUUUUGUAGAAAGACUUGAACAGUAUUUCCUUGCAAAUGACGUUGAUGCGGGCAAACAAAACCACUUGAGUCCCAAACCGAUUGUUAUAGCAGAGCGAUUCCGUUUUCACAAGAGAGACCAGAGACCUGACGAGAGUGUGAGAGACUAUAUUGCCCAAUUACGUAAAUUAUCAGAACACUGUGCAUUUGGAGGUGCUCUGGACGACACAUUGAGAGACCGUUUGGUUUGUGGACUGCGCUGUGAGAACACACAGAAGAAGUUACUCUCGAUAGCCCAACUAACAUUGAACAAAGCACUGGAAAUAUAUGUUGCCAUGGAAACAGCCACUAAGGAUGCUGCUGAACUUCAGAAUAAGCAUCGUGGAUUAGCAUCUGUAAACAAGUUUGUAAGUCAGAAACGCCCAGCUAAGAAACCACAGAAAACAGAGACAAAGUGUUAUCGUUGUGGGAAAGAGGGCCAUCUACAGCAAGACUGUCAUUUCAAAAAUGCAAACUGUAGGAAAUGUGGGAAAAAGGGACACAUUGAACGCGUGUGUCGCAGCAAGAAUAGCCAGUCACGACAAAAGUCGCAGAAGGCACACUUUCUUACGGAAAAGAGUGAUGAUGAAGAGUACAUAGCAAGUUUGGAAAUUCAUCAAAUGAGUGGAAAUUCCAAAGAAAUUAUUUGGAUACAGCCAAAAGUCAAUGGAUUGGAUUUAAAGAUGGAGCUCGAUACUGGAUCCGCUCUCUCUAUUAUCAGUAAGGCAGAGUUUGUGAAGAAUUUCAAAGGCCUAAAGUGGGAAAAGAGUGACCUUACAUUAAAGACAUAUUCAGGAGAAGUUAUAACUCCACUUGGUUUUGUUCAAGUACCUGUAGUGUUGAAAGGGUCAGAAGAAGUGUUACCUUUGUACAUCGUCCAGAGAGGUGGACCACCGUUACUCGGACGACAGUGGAUGAAUGCCUUGUGUGGGAAGCAGUGGAUUGAUAGACUUUCCAUGAAUUAUGUAGACUCUCAGGCAGUAUCACCUCAACAAGGGAUUCAGAUCAUUCUUGAGAAAUAUCAGUCAGUUUUCAAAGAAGAUCUUGGUACUUUGAAGAAUAUAAAGGCCAAAUUCUCCCUGAAACCUGAUACAAAGCCAAAGUUUUGUAAGGCUCGACCUGUGCCACAUUCACUUAAACCAGCAGUGGAUAAUGAGCUAGAUCGACUUCUCAGCUUAGGAAUCCUGGAACCAGUGGAGCAUAGCGAGUGGGCAACUCCCAUAGUCGUGGUGCCAAAGAAAGACAACACUGUUCGGAUAUGUGGUGACUUUAAAGUAACGUUGAAUCAGUGUAUCAAUGUAGACCAGUACCCGCUUCCUCGGGUAGAUGAAAUAUUCUCAAACCUUGCAGGAGGAAAACACUUCACCAAACUGGAUCUUAAAAAUGCAUACCUGCAAAUGGAAAUUGAAGAGGAUCACCAGAAAUACCUCACCAUCAAUACUCAUAGAGGAUUGUUCCGUUUUAACAGGCUCAUGUAUGGAGUGGCAUCCGCACCAGCAGUAUGGCAGAGGGCCAUGGAUCAAGUACUGCAGGGGAUCAACGGAACACAUUGCAUGAUUGAUGACAUGAUAAUAACUGGUUCGACGACUGAGGAGCAUCUUGGCAAUUUAGAGAAAGUUUUGUCAAGACUGCAGAACUUCAACCUGAGAGCAAAUAUCAAGAAAUGUGACAUUUUUAAAGACAGUGUAGAAUUUUGUGGUCACAAAGUUGACAAAGAUGGCUUACAUAAAACAGAAGAGAAGGUGAAAGCAGUGGUGGAAGCUAAGAUUCCAGAGAAUGUGACAGAGUUACGUGCAUUCCUUGGGCUUGUGAAUUAUUAUGGAAAGUUCAUGCCCAACUUGUCUACUGUUUUGAGACCUCUACACAAGCUCUUAGAGAAGGACAGGAAGUGGAACUGGACGAAUGAGUGCCAAACAGCAUUCAGAUAA